GCCUGGCCUCGCCCCCCUCUCUCCCUUCCUCCCCUUUCUUCCUCCCCCCCUCUUCCCCUUCUUCCUCCUCCUCCUCCCCUCCUUCAGGGCGCAUGAGAGAUGUCUGCCACCAGCGUGGACCCCCAGAGACCGAAGGGACAAGAUAAUAAAGUACAAAAUGGUUCUCUUCAUCAAAAGGAUACUGUUCAUGACAACGAUUUUGAGCCUUACCUUUCUGGACAGUCAAAUCAGAAUAACAGCUAUCCAUCAAUGACAGAUCCCUACUUGUCCAGUUACUAUCCACCUUCUAUUGGCUUUCCUUAUUCCCUGAGUGAAGCACCUUGGUCAACUGGUGGAGACCCUCCUAUCCCAUACCUCACAACCUAUGGACAGCUUAGUAAUGGUGAUCAUCAUUUCAUGCAUGAUGCUGUUUUUGGACAGCCUGGUGGACUGGGGAACAACAUUUAUCCACACAGAUUUAAUUUCUUCCCAGAAAAUCCACCUUUCUCAGCAUGGGGAACAAGUGGGUCCCAAGGACAGCAAACUCAAAACUCGGCUUAUGGAAGCAGCUACAGCUAUCCUCCCAGCUCUCUGGGAGGUACUAUUGUGGAUGGGCAAACCGGAUUUCAUAACGAUACUUUAAAUAAAGCUCCAGGAAUGAACAGCAUUGAACAGGGAAUGGUUGGACUGAAAAUUGGUGGGGAUGUCACAGCUUCUGCGGUGAAGGCGGUAGGUUCUGUGGUGAACAGUGCUGGAAUGACAGGUGCUUUGUCUGGCAAUGGUGGAUCAAGUAUUAGUUUACCAGUAUCAAAACCAACAUCUUGGGCUGCCAUUGCUAGCAAACCUGCAAAACCUCAGCCCAAGAUGAAAACAAAAAGCGGGCCUGUAGUAGGUGGGGCUUUGCCUCCACCGCCUAUUAAACACAACAUGGACAUAGGUACUUGGGAUAAUAAGGGCCCAGUGGCCAAGGUUCCAACUCCCCAACAGAUCCCUUCUCCUCAAUCAGUCCCGCAGCCACAAAUUAUUCAGCCUCUUCCUGCCCAGCCGCCUCCCCUGACGCAGCUGCCAUAUCAGAACCCUCAGCCGCCACCACCACCGCCUCAAAACCGGUGGGUGGCCCCACGUAACAGAAAUGCAGCAUUUGGCCAAAGUGGAGGAACUAGUCAUGAGAACAACUCGCCUGGCACUACCCCGGCUAACUCCAUCCCAGCAGGGGAAUCCCACCCUGUUCUUGAAAAACUGAAAGCUGCUCACAGUUACAACCCUAAGGAUUUUGAGUGGAACCUCAAACAUGGACGUGUGUUCAUAAUAAAAAGCUAUUCGGAGGACGAUAUUCAUCGUUCUAUUAAGUACUCCAUUUGGUGUAGCACAGAACAUGGCAACAAGCGUUUGGACAGUGCUUUCCGCUCUAUGAAUAGUAAGGGUCCAGUCUACUUACUAUUCAGUGUUAAUGGUAGCGGACAUUUUUGUGGCGUGGCAGAAAUGAAGUCAUCGGUGGACUAUGGCACCAGUGCAGGUGUCUGGUCUCAGGACAAAUGGAAGGGAAAGUUUGACGUCAAGUGGAUCUUUGUGAAAGAUGUGCCCAAUAACCAACUGCGACACAUCCGGCUGGAGAACAAUGACAACAAACCAGUUACAAACUCCCGUGAUACUCAGGAGGUGCCCUUAGAAAAAGCAAAACAAGUGCUUAAAAUUAUUGCUACAUACAAGCACACGACCUCCAUCUUUGAUGACUUUUCUCAUUAUGAAAAGCGCCAGGAGGAAGAAGAGGUUGUGCGGAAGGAACGUCAGAAUCGAAAUAAACAAUAAGAAUAAACAUAUGUAUGGUUUGCUAUAAAUAUAUAUAAAUAUUAUAUAUAUAUAUAUAUAUACUAGAACUGAUAUUAAAUUUGAUUAUGAAAAAAAUAAAUCUUUUUAAAAAGCGCUCUGGUGCUGUAUUUUGGCAUCGGGAGACUGUAAACCCUUUCAGUUCCCAUAUUUUUCUUGUGCAGGAGAAAUUAAAUUCUUGUAUCUUUUAAGUACAUUGUAUUGUGUUCAUGGUUUGUUUUUUUUAAAGGUUUUUUUUUGGUCCCAGAUGAAUAUGCAUUAAAGUGAAUAUUUCCUAUGCUAUAGAACCCAUGAAUAAAUACGUUUCCUUUUUUAAAAAAAAAAAAUUGGUUAAACAAACUUGUCUGGAAUGGAAGAUUCUAAAAAUAUUAGUAUUUCCCAAAGACUUUUGACUUCAGUACGAAUUAUGUUUCCAGUCUAAACAUUUGCUAUAAUUUUAUAUUUAUGUACUACAGAUUGUUUUUAUCCCCUUCUCCCCCUGAUUGUCUUAAUUCUUCCUGGCAAACAAAAGUUUCUGAAAUAUUUUAGUUGUUUUAAGCUUCUUUGGAGAAAUGAUCUGUGUUGAAAGCAUUGACCUCAGCCCAGCAGGUUCUGAACUCUUUUUAAUUUGCUUCUUAAUUGUUUUUGGAAAAAAAAUAAUAAAGGAAACCAAAGGGGCAUAAUUCAGAAGGAUAACUUGACAUGCAAGCGGUGUGUGAAUUUGCUCAUGGCAUAUUGUGCAAACGCACUUCUGGGCUUGUGUCAUUUAUAUCUACUUUCAGUGAGGCUUGCAUGAUAAUUUUUCCUCUUGGGUUAUUCCUUACGGCAUAAAAUAGCUUUUCAUUAAUACUUGGUGAAGCAGUGCCCUUUAGUGCAACAAAAAGUGAGAAAUCAUCUCUCUGCCAUCAUUUUCUUCUUAUGUGGUAGUCUUUAAUGAUUUAACUAAUGUUUUUGACAGUGUAGGGGCUUGGGACAAUGUGGCUUUUAAUUUUUUUUCCAGUUUUCUAAUACCCAUUAAAUAUAUAUUUUAAUCUAUCCCCUUUUUCGUUUUCACUCACCCUUUAAAAAUGCCACUUCAGUUUUUGUACUGAUAAUGGUGAGCUUUAAUAUAGAAUCUUAGUACAGACUCAUAUGAUGGAUUAUGCUUCAGAUGUUUAAAAUUGACUGUGUGUGUGUGUGUGUGUGUGUGUGUAUUUUUUUUCCUGUUGGAUGAGUAAAAACAAAUGUUCUGAGAAAUGGAAUUUUCUGUCAGGUUUUUGUGGAAUGAGGGAGCUGUCGAAGAACUGGCCAUCAACUGGAGUUUCAAAUUUUAGCAUGAAUACUUGGUGCUCGUGCCUGUUGCUCUAGCACACUGAAUCUGCACGUGUUUUAUUGUAGAGAAUCUUUUACUUAUUCUAGAAAGCAAAUCUCUUCUGAAAACUAUUUACUCAAGAGGAUCUCUGACUUAAAUGAAAGUUUAAGCUGUAUCAUUUAGACUUGUAUUUAGAACAUAUAGCUUUGUCUCUGGACUGUUACUUCUGGUGUAAGGAGUAACAGGACAGCAUCAGAUUAACUUUUUCCUUUAGGAGAAUACAAGCCUUAAUAAAUAAUAUCUACUUAG